AGUGGUUGCUAGGAACUUGGUUCUUGCUGGAAAAAUUAUUGAUUUCGACUAUUAUUUAUUGUUGUUUUGAAGAGAUCAACUGUUUUUGUAAAAUUAUAUGAUUAAAGUGUAGUUGCUGUUACUGGCAGCAUAUUGCAGAUAAAGUAUUCUCCAAAAUUCUUGUAAGAUUAAAAAAAAAUACAUUGUCAUUCACGCUUGCCGCACCAUGGCACGCAGGGACAGCCACAUAGAAGUGACUGGCUACAUUGACGCACAGUACUCUUCAGGCGACUCUAACAGAAAUACAAAAUGCCAGGAGGAAAAUAACAAUGACGUUGAUGAACUGUCGAAAUGCGUGAGUGACGUGGCCAUUGAAGAAAUGGGCUGUAUAGUUGACGCCGUCAAAAGACCCCCGAACAUUUGCGUCGAAACUUGUGUGUACGAAUCGUCUGACGAUGAAAAAGAAACGAAAACUGAUGACAAAGAAGACGUGUAUUCCGAUGAAUUUGAGGAAGAUAAGUCUGAUGGAGAGUCGGAAAAAACUGAGGAAAAGACUGUGACAGGAAGUGUGAGCAAAGACAGUCAGUCAACCAAGGUGUCUAAAAGCCAAAUGUCUGUGUCCAGUAAGGCGCCUUCGAUCUCGGGAAAAACAGAUUUUGGAUCGUCAUCAAUACACACAACUCGUCGUGUCAACAUGUCGUUCACCAACGACCGAUUGCGGGAGAUUGAGCGUCACAACCACAUCCUCCUCACUAAGAUCCUCAGUGCGAGGAAUCAGAGGAAGUCCUCCAUCCCUCCAAGGGAACCGCCAAUAAGGAAGCCGAUGUCCUCCGCGGCCGUGAUGAGGAAGAAGCAGCAGAGGCAGAUAGACCAUGACAACAUGAUUCUGCUUAAGAAGAUCCAGCGCGCCAAAUCGUCAUCGUACAGCCUGCGCCGUUGAUACAGAGAUGGCGCUCGACGCGCGGGCGCACCCUACUGCCAUAGUACCUGUCCACAUCUUCCUAUUGUUAAUAAAUUUAUUGCUACUUUUAUAAA